CCGCCCCCUUAGCCUAGCAUGGCUAACGUUAGCUACUGACGUCCAGCCGCGCACUGACGAUAGCAGCUAAGUAGUUAGCUUGUAGAGAUUCGGAAAGCCAAGGGGCAAGGAUGCUAGAAGAUUAUUUGUGAGGAACGACUCACUCCACGUGCCAUGUCUUUGGUUUUCCCACGACCCAACACCAACGCAGUCCACGGCAAGAAGGAUAAGAGACUGAUGGCGGAAGUGAACGCAUCGCCACUCAAGCACUUUGUCACAGCAAAGAAGAAGAUCAACGGGAUCUUUGAACAGUUGGGGGUAUACAUUAAGGAGAGCGCUUCCUUUCUAGAUGAUACUCACAAAAAUGAAGAGCUGGAUCCAGUCACCACAGAGGAGCAGGUCCAGGAGGUCCGGGGUUACCUCGCCAAGGUGGCAGGGAUUGGAGAAGUGCUGGCACGCAGGCAUAUGAAAGUGGUCUUCUUUGGAAGGACCAGUAAUGGGAAGAGCUCGGUGAUCAAUGCCAUGCUGUGUGACAAGGUGCUGCCAUCUGGAAUAGGACACACUACCAAUUGCUUCCUGAGGGUAGAGGGCACCGAUGGCAACGAGGCUUUCCUCCUCACUGAAGGCUCUGAGGAGAGAAAGAGCAUAAAGACUGUGAACCAGCUGGCCCACGCGCUCCACCAGGACGAGGACCUGGACGCCGGCAGCUUGGUCUGUGUCAUGUGGCCUAAAGCCAAGUGUGCUUUGCUCAGGGAUGAUCUGGUGUUGGUGGACAGCCCAGGUAUCGAUGUUACCACAGAACUGGACAGCUGGAUCGACAAAUUUUGCCUGGAUGCCGAUGUAUUUGUUCUUGUGGCGAACUCUGAGUCCACACUGAUGCAGACGGAGAAGUCCUUCUUUCACAAGGUCAAUGAGCGUCUCUCCAGUCCCAACAUUUUCAUCCUUAACAACCGCUGGGACGCCUCAGCCUCAGAGCCUGAAUACAUGGAGGAGGUCCGCAGGCAGCAUAUGGACCGAUGCACCAAUUUCCUGGUGGACGAGCUUGGCGUGGUGGACCGAGCCCAGGCUAGUGACCGGAUCUUCUUUGUCUCCGCCAAAGAAGUGCUUCAGGCUCGUGUACAGAAGGCGCAAGGAAUGCCUGAAGCAGGUGGAGCGCUUGCUGAGGGAUUUCAAGCCCGAAUGUUUGAGUUCCAGAACUUCGAGAGGCGAUUUGAGGAGUGCAUCUCCCAGUCAGCGGUGAAGACAAAGUUUGAGCAGCACACAGUGAGGGCCAAACAGAUCUCCGAAGCCCUGCGCCGCAUUAUGGAUUCUGUACACAUUGCUGCACAAGAGCAGAGGAUCUACUGCCUUGAGACCAAAGAGGACCGUCAGGACCGAUUGGAGUUCAUAGACAAGCAGCUGGACUUGUUGAGCAUGGACUGUAAAGCCAAGAUCAAGAAGAUUACUGAGGAGGUGGAGAGACAGGUGUCCAAUGCCAUGUCAGAGGAGAUCAGGAAGCUGCAUGUGCUGGUGGAUGACUACCACAUGGACUUCCACCCAUCACCAGUGGUGCUUAAGGUCUACAAAAAUGAGCUCCAUCGGCACAUAGAGGUGGGUCUGGGCAAAAACAUGUCGGAGAGAUGUUCCACUUCCAUCACCAGCGCUCUGCAGGCCACACAGACCGACAUGAUCGAUGGUCUGAAGCCGCUGCUGCCCAACCCGGUCAGAGAGCAGGUGGACAAGCUGGUUCCUCGUCCGUGCUUCAACCUCAGUUAUGACCUAGCCUGUGACAAGCUCUGCAGUGACUUUCAGGAGGACAUCAGCUUCCACUUCUCUUUGGGCUGGACCAUGCUGGUCAACCGCUUCCUUGGUCCCAAGAACACGCGGCGGGCCCUAAUGGGCUAUAGCGACCAGGUCCCUCGACCAAUGGCCCUGACUCCAGUCAGCACCAGCAUGCCUCCAUUCCCUCAAAGCUCCGUGACCCAGGAGGAGCUGAUGGUCUCCAUGGUGACUGGUCUUGCUUCCCUUACUUCCCGUACCUCCAUGGGUGUCCUGGUGGUUGGCGGCGUGGUCUGGAAGGCAGUGGGCUGGCGUCUGAUCGCCCUGUCAGUGGGUCUGUACGGACUCCUCUACAUCUACGAGCGGCUCACCUGGACCACCAGGGCCAAGGAGAGAGCCUUCAAGAGACAGUUUGUGGACUACGCUAGCGAGAAGCUUCAGCUCAUCGUCAGUUACACUGGAUCCAACUGCAGCCACCAAGUCCAGCAGGAGUUGGCAGGUGUUUUUGCGCAGCUAUGCCAGCAGGUAGAUGUCACCCGUCAGAACCUGGAGGAUGAGAUCACUGACAUGAACAGCAAGAUCGAGCUCCUGGACGGCCUACAGAGCAAGGCUAAGCUGCUGCGGAACAAAGCGGGCUGGCUGGACAGCGAGCUCAACAUGUUCACGCAGCAGUACCUCCACCACAGCAAGUGAGCCGCGCUGACAAACCACUGCUGACGUUUCCCUUCCCGCUGACACACUUGUGUUCGGUGAAAUCAUCAACGCGAGGAAAUCUUCCACAAUUUUGUGUAUGGUUUGGUUAUCUGGCUGGAGGGAAGGAGUUACCAACAUGUUCUGGAGUCGGAGUCAUGUGGUCUGCUGGCCACAUAGUGACACAAUAAAGACUGAAUUAGCUAUUUGAUAACAACAAAGGAUUUAACCAUGGACUCCAGAACUAAACAUUCCCUUAGUGUAUUUCCUGAUGCGCUUCAUCGUUUUCAGUUGGGGUGAUAACAAAAACCUCCGGUCACCAGAACGCUAGUUGAUCUGAUGCCAGGGCAGUAGUACAGUCCCAGCUCCCCUUGCAUCUUUGUUAUAGCCAGCAUCUGUCACAACUCCCACCCCGUCCUUUAAAUCUGACGCCAAUUAACUCUUCCAUCUCAACUCGUGUCGAUUUGUUAUUUAUACUCUUUGAACCCUGGCAGUGCCAUGCUAAAGUAAAAGGUAUUCACCAUGAGGCAAUCAAAGAAAUGAUCUCAUGCUAGCUGGACAAUGCAACAUUAUUUAUUUCUCCAGCCGUGUAUACACAUUUUUCCUUUGUAAGCGUUGUGAAGGAAAGCUGCUUGUUGUUUUACGCUUAGUUCUUUGAGCACUUGGAACUGAUCCAGAUACCUUAACUGUAGGCGAUUUGUGAAGUGCAUUUCCUUUAUUGUUCUCUGAGAAUAAACCUACAUCUUCAUUUUUACAAGGGUACAUUUUUGGGCAUUGAAGUAGUUGAAUAGAUUUUAGCUUGACAGUUGUAGUAUCUUGAAUGGUAACUUAAAGGGUAAUGGUAGACAAUGGGACACUGGCACAGAGGAGUGAGAUACAACACAACUCUUUCAGCAUUGGUUUGGUCCACUCCGACUGCGCUUCUGUGAUAGAUGAGAUUAAUGAGUUGCAACAUUUAGCUACAGAAGACAAGGAACUGACUUCAACAUCAGAAGUCCAACAUCUUCCUGGAUUGCUGUUUUAAAACGUUAGCGCCUAUGAGGUGUAUCUGCAUAAACCAUCCAAGUAACAGUACAGCAAUUUCAGUUAUUUGGACACUGUCUCCAUUAGAGUCAGUCCCUCAUAAAGCUCUGGAAUUAAGAGUGAAGAGAAAUGUGUUUAUGUAAAACACAGGCUCAGGAAUCAGAUUUCAUAUCCUUAUGACAUCAAAUCUGAAUCAAUCUGAAUACGUCGGUCUCUGCUCUGACGACAGUGCUCUCACUGACCACAAAUGAUCUUGGGCCCCAAGACGUAUCUUGUAUGUUAUAUGGCCCUGAGUGUCUCAUACAUAUCUAAUAAAGCCUCUCUUUCUAAACCACACGUUUGGAUGUGGUGUGGAAGCGUCUGGGGACUCAGCACUAUUUGUUUCUCUUGCACUGAAUGCAGAUGUGGACCAGGCGGCAUGGCCUUCUUGCUCUCCGUCUCUUUCCAUAUAGAUUUCACUUUAAAGCCAAGAACUAUUCACUUGAAUACAUGUGUCUAGUGUUUUGAUUGGGCCAUCCUGUAAAUUAUAUCCAUACACUGUCCUGCCACACCUUUUGUUAGAGCUAAAAUAUGCACUUUAUCAAUUUGCUGCUUUUUGAAUUUGUUUUCCUUCCAUAAAGUAGUUGUGAUUGGCUUGAGGAAGUGUAGGCACCUGCAUGCAGUGGCUAUUGUAGUUUGUCGUCCAGUUAAAUCCAAAUGUAUGUAUGUAUGUAUGUAAAAAUAAAGACAUCGUGCAAGAGUG